GACGUCACCUUCAUGGGAUUCGCCCAGGCGCUGGCCCCCACGACGAACCGCAGUCGCGGACACAUGCACAAGCACCUGCAUUGCAUUCGGGGACACAUUCUAGACAACCCCAUUAUCGAGUAUUCUUAAAGACGACGAAUUUUCGCAGCCAGCAUCGAAACUCGAUUUCCCAUUUGGAGAAACUGCAGAUGACAUCGCAAGCCCAAUCGGAGAGCACGGCUGCGACCAACGGGACACGAGGUACUUUUGGCAUUUCCAUCUGAUGUACUGUGGUACAGAAUGAGCCAAAGCUGACGCCCCAUGCCGAGGACGAACGAGUCGAGUACGGUACACGGAGGAUGAGCACUGAUGGCGAGGCACAGGACUUCUUGAAGAUCUCCUUCGACCAAAGGGAAGCCAAACGCCGCAAAUCCUCCCUCGUCCCCUCCACGCGCCCCGAAACCCAGUGCUUCGUGCAUACCGUCCUCGAGCACCAGAGAGGCCACACCUCCAUCGAAGAUGUCGCGCUGUCCAACGAAGGGCUGGCGCAGAAGCGCCACAUCGACAAGGACCCGCACAACAAUCUCGACCAGGUGCACCACUCGCGGCUCCUGACCAAGAAGCAGAUAUCCGACUUGACGCUGGGGAUUCGCGAGUUGAGCAAGAAGCUGGCGCAGCUCAGGCUGCAGUUGCGGGUGCGCAAUGUGUUUAUUCUUACCAAGGCAAAUGAUGAGAAGUUGAUUGGGUAUUCGAGUGAGGUGACGGAUUGGUUGUUGUCGAGAUAUAGCGAUAUCAAUACGAUGAAGGAUCAUAAGUUGUUCAACGUCCAAGGGCUCAUCAAGAAGGGUCCGACUCACGAGCAGCGAUUGAAAUGGUGGAAUGUCACCAUGUGUAAGGAGAGGCCUCAGACAUGGGACAUAGUCCUUGCACUCGGCGGAGACGGUACCGUCCUGUACGCUUCAUGGCUCUUUCAACGCGUAGUGCCACCUGUAAUAUCCUUCUCUCUCGGCUCUCUAGGAUUCCUCACCAAAUUCGACUUUGAGCAAUACCCCGUGACGCUCUCCCGCGCCUUCGACGAAGGCAUCACCGUCUCGCUCCGCCUCCGCUUCGAAGCCACCGUCAUGCGGUCCCAACACCGCUCCAGAAGCGGGCCCAAGGACCUCGUUGAAGAGCUCAUCGGCGAGGAGCAAGAAGACAACCACACCCACAGACCGGAAACAACACACAACAUCCUCAACGAGGUCGUAGUCGACCGCGGCCCCAACGGCACCAUGGCGACGAUCGAACUCUUCGGCGACGACGAGCACUUCACCACCAUCCAGGCCGAUGGCGUCUGCAUCGCCACCCCUACCGGCUCAACAGCGUACAACCUCGCAGCCGGCGGUUCCCUCUGCCACCCAGACAACCCCGUCGUCCUCGUCACCGCCAUCUGCGCGCACACGCUCUCCUUCCGCCCCAUCAUCCUGCCCGACACGAUUGUCCUGCGCGCGGGCGUGCCGUACGAUGCCCGCACGAGCUCGUGGGCCAGCUUCGACGGAAGGGAGCGCGUGGAGCUGAAACCGGGCGAUUAUGUGACGGUCAGUGUGAGUAGGUAUCCGUUUAGUAGCGUGUUGCCGCUCGAUGGGACGAGGAAGGAUUGGAUCGAUAGCAUUUCGAGGACGUUGCAGUGGAAUAGUCGGCAGAGGCAGAAGGCUUUUGAUAAGAAUUUGGUGUAG